AUGCUGUCUCCAAACCCUGCUUCCAGCCCCGACGCGGACAGCCCAGCCAAGAGGGUCCAGUGGGCUUCUGAGAAGAGGAGGAGGACAUCAUCCUCAGACUCAGAGUCCAGAACUCACCUGGACCCCUCCAGGUUGCCCAGGUCUCGGAGACCCAGCCGGCUGACAGUGAAGUACGACCGGGGGCACCUGCAGCGCUGGCUGGAGCUGGAGCAGUGGGUGGAUGCCCAGGUACAGGAGCUCUUCCAGGACCAUCCAUCCCCUUCUGAGCCCGAGAUUGACCUGGAGGCACUCAUGGAACUCUCCACAGAAGAUCAGAAGACUCAGUUGGAGGCCAUUCUUCAAAACUGUCCUCGCCCCACAGAGCCUUUUAUCUCUGAGCUGCUCAGUCAACUCAAGAAACUCCGCAGACUCAGCAGGCCUCAGAAGUAGCCUGGAGAUUCAACAGCUCGAAUACCACCAGGCUUUCCUGGCGGGGUACCAGCUGGGAGGGAAACGGCUGUACA